AUGGGUUGUGGAAUGAGUACUGAAGACAAGGAGGGCAAGGCCCGUAACGAGGAGAUUGAGAACCAGCUCAAGCGGGACAAGAUGAUGCAGCGGAACGAAAUCAAGAUGCUGUUGCUAGGUGCUGGAGAGUCCGGAAAAUCGACCAUUCUCAAGCAGAUGAAGCUGAUCCACGAGGGCAGCUACUCCCGCGAUGAGCGCGAGUCCUUCAAGGAAAUCAUCUACAGCAACACCGUCCAGUCUAUGCGCGUCAUCUUGGAGGCUAUGGAGUCGCUGGAGCUCCCUCUGGAGGAUGCUCGCAACGAGUACCACGUCCAGACCGUCUUCAUGCAGCCUGCUCAGAUCGAGGGUGACAACCUGCCCCCGGAGGUCGGCAAUGCCAUUGGCGCUCUGUGGCGCGACAGCGGUGUUCAGGAGUGCUUCAAGCGGUCUCGUGAAUACCAGCUGAACGACUCCGCCAAGUACUACUUCGAUGCCAUCGACCGUAUCGCGCAGCCUGACUACCUCCCCACCGACCAGGAUGUCCUCCGCUCUCGUGUCAAGACCACCGGUAUCACCGAGACUACUUUCAUCAUCGGUGAUUUGACCUACCGCAUGUUCGACGUCGGUGGCCAGCGUUCGGAACGUAAGAAGUGGAUACACUGCUUCGAGAACGUCACCACGAUCCUUUUCCUGGUCGCCAUCUCCGAAUACGACCAGCUGUUGUUCGAGGACGAGACCGUCAACCGUAUGCAGGAAGCGCUUACCCUGUUCGACUCCAUCUGCAACUCCCGGUGGUUCGUCAAGACUUCCAUCAUUCUCUUCCUGAACAAGAUCGAUCGUUUCAAGGAGAAGCUGCCCGUCAGCCCUAUGAAGAACUACUUCCCCGACUACGAGGGUGGUGCCGACUACGCCGCCGCCUGCGACUACAUCCUCAACCGCUUUGUCUCUCUCAACCAAGCCGAGCAGAAGCAGAUUUACACUCACUUCACAUGUGCUACGGAUACCACACAGAUCCGUUUCGUCAUGGCCGCAGUUAACGACAUCAUCAUCCAAGAAAACCUGAGACUGUGUGGUCUGAUCUAA